CGUACUUUUUCUAAAUAGAUUUUUUGUGGAAAAUAUAGGACUAUUAUUGUGCAGAAAACGUGGAAAGUGAAAUUAUAGCCAUGUCCUACGGCAUAGUUUGCCGCUGCUGCCUUGUGCGGACUCCCGAUAAGGAUUUAAAAACCCAAUAUACUAUAUUGGGCAAGUCGGAAAUUUACGCUGAUAUGUUAAAGGAAUGCUUCGAAAUUCAGAUACCUCUCAGUCCGGAGGAUGAUGAUUGUGGCAUUUGUGAGGUUUGCAUCACAAGGCUUCGCGAUGCCAGUGACUUCAAAUUGCAAGUUCAAGAAUGCCAGAGGGAAUUCCUGGAAAAAUUCAAUGCUUUUACUGUUAAAGAUGAAUCAAGCCCAAAGGUGAAAGAGGAAUUACUAGAUUUGGACGAUGAGAAUGGCAUAUAUUUUCUAGAAUUAAAAGAAGAAAUGUCUGAUGAUUUCGAUGACUUCAAGAAUGGAGAUGACAAUAAGAAGUUGGUUGAGAUGCUUGGCUUCAAAGAUGUUGCUAUUAAGAAGAGAUCUGAGAAGAGAAGGAGUAAAAAGAGAUUGCUUCUCGAUAGCUCUAGAGACGAAAUGACAAAGAAAUCCCGUGCAAUGAAGAUAUCCCUUCGCGCGUUCCAACAAGAAGUGGUCAUGAAGAAAAUCCUCCCGAUGAACGUGCCCAACGCUCGUCUCGUCACGGACAGCACCAAACACCGCGUCAACAUAGACACACUACUCAAGUAUUCUAACUGCACUCCGUUUGCCAACAAAACUAUCGCAGGUAUCCUCUGCGCCUACUGCAAAACGACAUACAGAGAUCUGCCACAUCUACGCACACACAUACACGACGAACAUAAAACAGACAAUCUAAUAGAAUCAAAACGUAUGGACAAGAAUAACAUGUCUAUCAAAAUGGACAUUACCGACUUAAAAUGCAACAUCUGCCAAAGCGAAAUGGACACUAUAAGCAAUCUAAAAAAACAUCUUAUCAACGAACACCAAAUACAUUUUUAUCAAGAAGUCAAAGAUUACAUUUUAGAAUUCAAACUCUCUGACAGUGAUAUUUUGAAUUGUGCGUUAUGCAAUUCGACUUAUGAAACGUUUAAAAUGUUACUGCAACACAUGAAUGGACAUUACAGGAAUUAUAUAUGUGAAAUAUGCGACUUAGGAUUCAUAAACAAGCAUAAACUGAGAAACCACCAGCGCACACACGAGAUAGGCAAUUUCAACUGCAGUUUUUGUGAUAAAAUUUUUAGCACGAAAGUUAGGAAGUUGUGCCACGAGAAAUAUACGCAUAAUGCCACCGCUAGAUACACAACUAAUUGUCCGCAUUGCGAUGAGCAGUUCACUAGUUACUAUAGAAGAAACAGACAUAUGGCAGACGAACAUAAUAUAGCUGCAGCAACAUAUAAAUGCAAUAUAUGUGAGAAAUCCUUCAUUCUAAAAUCAAAACUGACCUCUCAUAUCAAGAAAGUGCAUUUAAUGGAGCGAAAUCAUAUUUGUCCGGAGUGCGGUCAAGGUUUUUUUAUCAAGCAAUCACUCGAUGAACAUAUGAUCAAGCAUAAUGGUGAGAGAGUGUUCAAAUGUACGGUUUGUACUAAAGCUUAUGCAAGGAAAAAGACUUUGAGAGAACAUAUGAGGAUUCAUAAUAACGAUAGGAGGUUCAAAUGUGGUAUUUGCGCUCUAGCCUUUGUCCAAAAGUGUAGUUUGAAAAGCCAUAUGCUAUCCAAUCAUGGGAUCACUUUAGCUGAAUAUGAAAGUACCAAAACCGAUGCUAUUAGCCCUUAGCUAGGUUAGGUUUUAAACUUUACCUUAACGAGAGCAACGUUUUCUUACUCAGAAGAUGGCGCUGUUGUAAAUGUUUGAUUGUAAAAAAAAUGCAAAUUAACUAAAAAUCGCAGGUUACUCACGUGUAUAUAUUGAGAAAAGCUCUACUAGUUUCGAACCACAGAGGGGUUCUUCCUCAUGAGCAGCGUGCGCGGACGCGGCGACGUCGCG